AUGUGCGCACUUAUCAACUGCCAAAGAGCUUCUUCUAAAAAGUCCAAAGCUAAAAUAUUUAAUUAUUUCUGCAAAGAAUUAUCGGGUGUACUUGAAUGUGAUCCUGAUACCAUUCAGAGGACAGAUGUCACUUUUAUUGUUGGUCAGAACGUUUAUCAUGGAAACCAAAAAACAAUUUCCAUAUUGAGUGAGGAGUUGAAAAAAUGCUUUCAGUCAGAAGGCGAAGACGAUUGCAGCUCUACACAUGGUUGUAUACUGAAAGUGACUAGAUCAAAGUCUUCGUCUUCACUCAAGGUGUUUAUUGAUGCAUCUGCGGAUGUUUUCGAAGCGGUAUUAAAUUAUAUGCUUACUUUAAAGCUUACUGUGCCCGAAGACCUAAUACCACACGUUUACUUCUUGUCUAAAUGUCUACAGAUCAAAACUUUGGAGACAACGUGCAUCGAGUUUUUAAUUCACAAUUUAUCAAUCAACAGUGUUGGGGUUCUGUGUAGCUUUAUUCAGUUCAGUGGGGUUUAUCAAAAUAGUAAUGAAUUCGCUACAAGUCCCGAAUCUUAUUCACCAGAAAUGUGCUUAACAAAAACAUUACACCACUACUUGUUAACAGAAGCAGAUGCCAUCGCUUGUUCUCAAACAGGAAUUCUUAGUGCUCGUUUGAUAGUAAAUCUUACAGGCAAUUUCGAUUCAUCAGAUGAUCAAAAUGGAAGUCAAGAACCUUCCAAUGAAUAUUUAGCCUUUGGAGUUUUGCGAUGGGCAUUCGAAAAGUUGUUAACAGGCGAAAGAUUGGCAAGGGCGGGAAGUGAAGAUAACGUUUGUUCGGACGAUGAAGAAAGUGACGGGAAUAGCAGCAGUCAUGCUGUUGGGAACUCGAAUGGAUCACAGCGUAAACGAGCAGGUAGUCAAUUUCAGUUUUUGGCUCAAAAAAAUUUGCUAAGUGGGAUUCGUCCAAAAUGUGGUACAUCAGCUCAGUAUAGCCUCGCUUCAGAUGACAAUGAUAGCGAUGAUUUGAAUUCAGAAAUCAAAGCCGAGGAACGUGGCUCAGUUUCAGACACUCUGGAUGCAUUACGUUAUUAUAGUACACAUGAUAUACGAAUUUCGGUCGAUAUAAAUGAUUUACCUUUGAGUAAAGAAGAAAAUGGAAUGAGUAACAUAUCUCAGAAUGGGCAUAGUUUAUUAACUGUUUGUUUAUCAACUGGUAAUCAAGAAUCAGAGACUUGUUUAUUGGCACCAACAUCUCUUGGAGUUCGAUCGACAUCAAUUUGGUUAGGCAAAUUAGCAGGUUAUUUGGUUAGCCUAUCGAUAAAACGUUGUCCCCCGACACAUCGAUCUAUCCAACAGUUGGAUGAAGAAUUAAUGAAUGAAGUCAAUCAGUCACGAAGUCGUCAUCAAAGUCGUGGUUCAUCUAUUUCGAAUACUUCCAGUAUACCAAAUGAUUUAAAUAGUCUAAUUGAAAAUGAAUUUAACGCCACCAAGUGUUCUGCUGAAAGUGUCUGUCCCGAAUUGUCUGAGUGUACGAGUACCGCUGUGCUGAAAUCGGAUAAUGAUGAUGAAGUAACCCGUACAGUAACCAGCAGUUCUGCUUCAAAUUUAGCGAGAGCUAUUGUUGGAUCGUCUUUACUUCGUCAAUCAUUCACUGAUCAAGUCUAUCAAAGUGUAAUUCUUUGCAUUAGUCAUAAUGAUGGUACAGGCCAAGAUUUGCCAUUGCAUAUGUUAGAAGCUCGGUCAAGUUUUGGCAUCGGACAACUGAGUUGUAAUUCAAAACAUUACAUUGCAAUUAUUGGCGGUUAUAAUCGUAAAGGUUGUUUAGAUAGUAUGGAAUUAUUUGUUGAAAACGGUAGCAAUCAACAGUAUGAAUCAUGUAGCGAUGAAGAUUCACCUGUAUCCGCUCCUAUUAUUGGUCCACGACUGACAAAACAAAGAGGUCGGUUAGCUGUAGUAUCCAGUUACAUACAAUCAUCUGAUUUUCCUGAUAUAAUUUAUGCUUGUGGUGGUUCGACAGGCUCCAAGGAUUUAGCAUCUGUAGAUAAACUGACAUGUGAGACACUGGGAUCUUGGCUUAUCAAUCAUGAAGUGGUAACCAAAAGCAAUCAUGAUAACCUUGACGAUCACGUGUAUACAAAUGGCUCUCGGAAAAGUUCUGAUUUCCGUACACGAACAGAUUCAAUAGCACAUAGUCAUGCGUCUUCAAAUGGAUGUGGUGUAUCAAGUGUUACAUUUUGGCAGACGAUAAAGAGUUUACAUGAGGCUCGGACCAAUCCAGUUGGUGUAGAUCUUAGUGGAAUUCAACAAGGACCGCUUAUCACAAAUACAAAGGGAUCAGUCCUUGUUGCUGGCGGAGUAUCAGAUGCACAGUUUCUAUCUUCUGUUGAAGCCUACAUUCCAGAUAGAGAUGAAUGGAUUUAUAUGCCAUCCAUGUUACAAGGUCGUUGUGAAGCAUGUGCUAAUGUAUUGACAUCACGAAAUCUAAUUGUUGUUAUCGGUGGAGUUGUUAAUACAAACACUACAUAUAAUACCAGUCAAAAUGUAACUGUUGAAGCAUUAGAUCCUCGUUGUGAUACUUGGUUUUAUAUUCCUAAUACAUUAGGCAAUUCAUUUGGACAACUUCGUGGUGCCAGUUUAACAUAUUGUCCAAAUUCUAAAGAUAAUUUACUAUUAGUUGGUGGAUAUAAUGGUCAUGAAACCUUAGAUACUACAUGGAUAUUUGAUUCAGUUGCUUGGAAAUGGCGUUCAGGACCAAAUUUAAUAUUUGCUCGUUCUAGCUGUUGUACAACAUUAACAUCAGAUCAACGUUAUAAUUUAGUAUUUGGUGGUUAUAAUCCACUAAAAUUUAACACUGGAUUUUCGGAUACAAUUGAAAUGAUUUUCUAA